AUGAUACUCCGUCGGGAUAGUCCGGAUACGGGAAUGGGGUCCACUACCCAUAGCUCAUUUGGAGACUGUGACCAGUCAAGUUUGUCUCCGGACAAAAUCAUUGCUUUUACUAGGAGCCCGAGGAGACCUCCUGAAUUCAAACCCCGGAGUCACUCACCUACCCGCCUUCCCGGGGGUCUUAGGGUAUCAGUUUUACAGAAGCCUACUCCAAGGUUACGUCCACGAAUUGAGGAGUCGCUGGCUGGUCUAGCCGAACUUAAAAUGUUGAGAGAGAAACAGCUUCAGAGAAUACAAGAUGCCAAACUGACCACAAAUGACCAUGGUCAGCAACUCGAUGUUCUGCAUGUUAAAGACAAAGAGCUGAGUCUACUAUGGCAUUCGCCUGGCAACCUUUCUAGUAUAUCUGAAGAGGAAGUUCCCGUUAACCGGAACAAUAUUAAACCCGAAACUGAAAAUAAAGGUAUUUAUCUAAAUGGAACAGAGGACGGAUCGUCUCUUAGUCGCAACAGUUAUGCGAGCAAUAACAGUCUUGACUCGCUUGAUAGUGACGUAAGUUCUGACGAACAAAAGGCGGAGAAAUCGUUAAGUGAUGACGGAGUUGGACGCAAAUUGUCUUCCUUCAAAGGCUAUCAAUCCGUUAAUUUACAAAUGACGUAUCCAGAUCCUCGAUAUCUCGGUCAAAGACGGGCAAGCACGCAGUGUAUUCCGCAGUCUAAUCUGACCGGUCAUGUCUUGUCUGACAAAAAAGUCUACCAACGCCAAAGAAGAGCGAGUUUUCAAUGCGAGGCCGUGUUGACAAAGUCUCGAAACGAGGACACCAGUUCUAAAAUCAUAUCAGAUAUGAAACUAAAUUAUAACUCUCCUGGUCCCCUUCACGCAGUCAUGAGACAGUAUGGCAGCUCUUCAAAUCUUUCACAUAAAUCAACUCCUAGUUUGUCAUCAACAUCUUUAAACAUUGGAAAAUUAGAGGCGAAAAAUCCUAUGGACGUUUUACGUGAUUGGGAACUCGAAAAAACUAAAGAUGCUGAAAACACCAAAACAGCUGCCUCUUCACAACAAGUGUCGACACAAAACAAAGCGCAAAUCGUGAGCAAUAGUGUGUGUCAAGAAAAAAUGAUGCCAAGAAGUGAUAAAGGUAUUAAAUCAAACAUGGUUGAUGAAGCUGAAAAAGAAAAUAACAAUGAAAAUAAGGUUUGUUCAUCGUCAGAAUCAGAAGAUAGAAUUAAAGCAAACGCUGUGGACAAUGGGGCGGAAGAAAAACAGAGACCAAAGGUUACCAAAUACCUAAAUACAGAUAAAGACAAAGAAAAGGCAAACGUUAUCAAUCGUAGAACAAAUAUUUCCACGGAACUGUCAGUUUCUACAUCAAACUUCGACCACAUACGCGAGCAAAGCUUUACGUCAGACUAUUACGGGUCUAUCGAGACCAUUCAUUCCGUCCAGUCACUUCCUGUCUCACGGGUACCGUCUUCUAAUUACAAACAAAGCACUAGUUCUGCGGGAUCUACCUUCAAGGACCAAUUCGUGUCCAGUAACAGACGUCAUAGCCUUCCGUGUAACAGUUCCAAAAACUUUUUGUCUACGCCAUCGAGAACGCGAAGCCAAGUGCAUAAUCUACCAAAUGGGGUUACGGCUCCAGAUUUCGCGAGGAAACCAAACAGUACACGUGCGCUAAAAGUACCAAAUUCUUCAUUAGAUACCAACCUCCGCGCUUCAUCUGGAAAUCUUUCCUGCGGCGAUGAUGACGUGUUUGACAACACAAAAACUACGACAACUUUCGAUGUUCAACGCCAGCAGACAACAGCUGUUAGUGCGGAUGUGUCCGGGGAAGAAACAAUCAAUGUGCUCAAAGAGUCCAUAUCUAGAAAAUGUAAACCAAACUUUCAUCAAACCACUGAACAGGUAUGGAACCUGUCUGCACCACCGCCACAUUGUUCUAACAAACGUGUUCCAGAUAACAGUGGUUUACAAAAUACGCAAACGUACGUUACCAAAGCGACAGCGGAUGAAGGAUAUGUUGCUUCAGUGUCGUCGAGAGAAAAUUCGUACGAGGAUUUGAUAGGAGGUGAAAUCAUACGAGAAACUGGAAAGUUGACGGAUGUUAAUGGGAAAACGAAUUCAGACAUUGUAGAGAUACCAGGAAAAAAUGAUAAAGAUUCUAAAGACACAAAAAAGGUUGUGACGAAGACUUUUCUAGAAACGACGCUCUAA